AUGGCUCUCCCUCGCGCUGCGCUCUCGUCGCAGUUAUCAGCUGCUGCUAAGAACCCCGUGUCGCUUUGCCGGCGCAUCCAUUCAUCUCCGUUCAGAUCGGCCGUCGCACACCCAGUCACUGCCCACGGCCCUCCUCCCAAAGCUCCGGAUGCUUCGCCAGAAUUCAAGGAACCCGCAGGAUUAAAUUCUCAAGAACCCGAGAUUGAAUCAAAACGUACCCCCAAGCUUACUGCCGCGCUCAAGAAGCGGUUCUGGAAGGAUGUCCAUGUGAACGGAAAGUCAGACGAAUAUGAAGUCCUGCUUGACAAGCGACCCGUGAGAACACCCACGAAAGAAGUGCUCUCAAUUCCUCCUACAAAGCCUCACCUCGCCCAUGCCGUCGCCCUGGAGUGGGAUGUGAUGACCUCCGCCCAACAGGCUCUCAAAAGCCACCUCAUCCCCAUGACCUCCCUCGCAGCCCGUGCCACCGAUAUCGCCCGCGAAGAUGCCCAGGGAGUGGAUACCACCCGAAGCCAAAUUAUCACAACUGCCAUGCGCUAUCUAGACACCGAUACCCUGCUCUGCUGGGAGCCCGAGCGGGGGGAAUCUCACUGGUUGGAGCGCAAGUCUGAUGAGACUGAUGAGCGUACCGAGAGCCUACGGGAUAUUCAAAUGCGCGUCGCCAAGGAUAUCAUGGCCUUCUUGUCUACAAAGGUCUGGCCCGGUCUAGAGAUUGUUCCUAUUCUCGACUCUGAGAGCAUUCUGCCUCUCUCUCAGCCUAAGGCUACGAAGGAAAGUAUCUGCACUUGGGUUUCGGAGCUGUCUGCUCAUGACCUGGCUGGUCUUGAGCGUGGUAUCCUUGCAUCCAAGAGUCUUCUCAUUGCGGUUCGUCUGUUGACGGAGUGGAGUGAGAACUUCCGUCACAUCCAGCGCCAUGAUGUGAACAAGUUUGGCAUUGAUCAGGCGGCUGAGGCAGCCAACUUGGAGGUGAAGUGGCAGACCGACAUGUGGGGUGAGGUUGAAGAUACCCACGAUGUCGGCAGGGAGGACCUGAAGCGACAACUAGGCAGUGUUGUUGUUUUGUUCAACAUGUCUGAACGACCCGAAGGACACAAGCGCUCUCGAAGUGCCAUAGCACUUGCCCUCCUCCACCGCGACAAAUCCAAGGGUGAAGACAAAGAAAUGGACGACGACAACAACUCGGUUACUUCUGCCUCUUCGAACGCCUCCUUGAAACACACCCGCAGCAGCAGCCGUCGCAAACAGACCCAAGACCCGAGUCCUCCCCCGGCCAUUGAAGAAUCCAACGAGGACAUGGACACGGUGGAAGAUCUGCCCUCCUUAACCCAGAUGGAGAGUGGCAGCAUGUCUCUGGAGCAGUCGGUUCGCACCUUUCGUCUCUUCGAGAUCCUGCGCAGCGGGGAUACCACUGCCAUCUCCAAGGCUAUCAACGAUACUACGGACCCGCAGGGUGUCAACGGUCUGAACGGAACCACCGUCCUCCACCUGGCUCUGCAAUGCGCCGAGCCGCAGGUCGUGGAAUACGUGCUGUCCGCCGCGGAGGGGUUGGAUAUCAACUCGCGAGACCGCGAGGGAAACACACCACUCCACAUUGCGGCCCAGCUGGGCCGGGGUCCUCUGGUUCGCGAAUUGCUGAACAGGCCGCUGAUCAAUGAUUCUAUUGUCAACUAUCGGGGUCAGACGGCCCUGGAUAUGGCACGCACCCCUGAGAUUUUCCAGCAACUUCAGCUUUCCCGGUCCCUCUUCAUCGAUAGCAAGAAUCAGGAAAUCCAGUCCUUGAUUGCGAACGCUGAUUACAAGAAUCUGGAGUCCUUGCUGGAGGAACCUCGCGUUGAGGGUAUUAUGGAUGUGAACAGCCAAGAGCUGGUUACCGAUCGAACCACUGCCCAAUCCGGCGGUACACUACUGCACGAAGGUGCUAGGAAUAAAGAUGCGCAGCUUAUUGAGAUUCUUUUGACGCAUGGCGCUGAUCCUUUCCGCCGUGACAAGAAGGGAAAGCUUCCACAGGAUGUAACUAAAGAUGAUAAGACUCGCGCACUCUUGAAAAGAUCUCCAGCCGCUGUUAUUGCUCAACGUGGUAUUCAGGAGAAGGCUAUUCUUGGAAAUAGCAACGCCCAAGGACUUGCUGGCCGUGCAUCUAUUGGCGAUGCGCCAUUGGCAGGCAAGGAUGCCCGCGAGAUGAGAGGAUAUCUCAAGAAAUGGACCAAUUAUACCACUGGGUACAAGUUGCGCUGGUUUGUUCUGGAAGAUGGAGUUUUGAGUUAUUACAAGCACCAGGAUGACGCAGGAUCUGCCUGUCGCGGUGCGAUUAAUAUGAAGAUUGCUAGACUUAAUAUGGAUGCACAAGACAAAACGCGCUUUGAAAUCCACGGCAAAUCAUCCGUCAAAUAUCACCUCAAGGCCAAUCAUGUUGUCGAGGCAAAACGCUGGUUCUGGUCUCUCAACAACGCCAUCCAGUGGGCCAAGGAUGAGGCCAAAGAGGAAGAGCGACAGCGCUCGAAGAAUGCAGAUCUCCUUCGCCAAGCUAAGAUUGACCAGACUGAAGGACGUGCCGCAGACACACCUUCUGAAUCUGGUCUCUCUCACAAGCCUAGCACCAAGGGCCUGGCUCCACCUUCUCUAGGAGGUGCUAGCAGCAGUGGGACAAGGCUGAGCACAUAUGCCUCUCGCACGACACUCGAUAUUCCGGGUGGAGAUGAAGAUGGUUCCGUCUACGGUGGCUCUUAUGACCCUCCCAAUGACAUGAACAGAUCUAUCAGCCAUGUAACGACUGCGCCUGAAGGAGAUGAAGACGAAGAAUUCGUCGACUAUGCUUCCAGCCACGAGCACGAAAUGCCCGCCACCGAUAAAGAUGCUCUGAAUAUUACCGCACAGUCUGCGAAGCUUCAAUUGGACCUUCUUGCAAAUGUGGCCGCUUCGUUGCAGUCUGAAAAGGCAAAGAACCCCGAAAUGACCAUUGCGGAUCCUGCCCUCGAACAGGCUCUCGGUGCCUAUGAAGCUGCAGUCAGCAGUCUCAAAGGCUUAGUGCAGAACCUUCUUAAAAUUUCACGGGACCGGGAUCAAUACUGGCAGUCUCGUCUCAGCAGAGAAGAAUCCAUUCGUCAGAUGUGGGAAGAGAGCAUGGCUCGUGUGGCUCGCGAACACGAGGAGCUGCAAUCCAAGAUGGGCGAGUCCGAAGAGAAGCGAAAGCGGACCAAGCGGGCCCUGAAGGAAGCCCUGGAGAGUGCAACGGGCAGCAGCCGUUCCAUCGGUGGACCGUCCCGUGUUCCAACCGAGAACCCGAGUCUGGAAGCAAGCCAAACUGAGGCCGGUGUUCCCGAGAAGGCUGAUGAAGAACAACCUGCCGAGCAACCACAAACCAGGCCUACCCUCAGCAGGAAGCCAUCCAGGCUUAGCAGUCUCUACGAUUCUGAGUCGGAUGGCGAAGAAUUCUUCGAUGCUAUCGAUGCCGGUGAGAUUGAGGUAGAGGACUUCAACAAGACCGAGGACCACAAGGUCGAAGAGCCCAAGGAUGAGAGCGCCGAGCUCCGGGCUGUCAAGUCCACUGUCAUCAAGCCUUCCUUCAAGGGUUACGAAGAGCCCGUGAGAGAGCGUCUCAAGAUGGAUGCUGAUGACAGGCCAAAGAUUUCUCUGUGGGGAAUCUUGAAAUCCAUGAUUGGAAAGGACAUGACGAAGAUGACUCUUCCGGUGUCCUUCAACGAGCCAACUUCUCUGCUUCAGCGUGUAGCCGAGGAUCUCGAGUAUACCGACCUCCUCGAUAUUGCUGCUGAUCGGACUGACUCCAUGGAACGUCUGGUCUACGUUGCCUCGUACGCCGCCAGUGAGUAUGCCUCGACCAUUGGUCGUGUGGCGAAGCCCUUCAACCCUCUGCUUGGUGAAACCUUCGAGUAUGUCCGCCCGGAUAAGGGUUAUCGAUUCUUCGUGGAGCAGGUCAGCCAUCACCCACCAAUUGGUGCCGCGUGGGCUGAAUCGCCUAAAUGGGACUACUGGGGUGAAUCUUCUCUCAAGUCCAAGUUCUAUGGUAAAUCUUUUGACAUCAACUUGCUUGGUACAUGGUUCUUGAAGCUGCGACCUUCCUCCGGUGGAGAAGAACUCUACACCUGGAAAAAGGUGACUUCAUCAGUCAUCGGUAUUAUUACGGGUAACCCCACAGUUGACAACUACGGUCUGAUGGAAAUCAAAAAUUGGACGACCGGCGAAGUCUGCUAUCUCGACUUCAAGCCCCGCGGCUGGAAGGCCUCAUCGGCCUACCAGGUCACGGGUAAGGUUGUCGACAGCGAGGGUUCCCCUAAGUGGAGUAUCGGCGGUCGCUGGAACGACAAGAUCUACGCUCGCCACACUCCAGGCUUCGAGGCUCCAGUCUCCGGUCAGGAUCCCGAGUCUGCUAAGACUUUCUUGGUAUGGCAGGCUCAUGCUCGUCCCACGGGCGUGCCUUUCAACUUGACUCCAUUCGUCAUCACUCUCAACGCUCUUCCUGAAAGCCUGAAGGGUUGGCUUCCUCCUACGGAUACCAGAUUGCGUCCUGACCAACGUGCCAUGGAAGACGGUGAAUACACAUUGGCGGCCGAUGAGAAACACCGUGUUGAGGAGAAGCAGCGAUCCAAGCGCCGGGAUCGCGAGACCAAGGGUGAAAUUUACUCGCCGCAAUGGUUCACCCGUGACCAGUGUCCUGUCACUGGUGAGGAAUUCUGGGCUCACAAUGGAAAGUACUGGGAGUCCAGGGAUACUCAGGAUUGGAGUAGAUCUGAGGAUAUUUUCUGA